AGUUAUCAUUAAAAAUGUGCACAAUGCAGCCGAUUCUGAAUAGUCAUUUGAAUGAACUAGAUGAAGAUAUCUUCCAUCAUUUCGGAUUCACAACAAAGUCAUUUGAUUUCAAACAAAAGUUUGGUGAUGUCAAGUUCGUCUGUGUAUGUGGUAGCAGUAAUAGAAUUCAUAAUUUUGCAAUAUCAAUGGCUAAAUUAUCUGGUAUACAGUUACCUGUAGAAAAUAUUGCCGGUUCUCAUGCUAGAUUUGUACUUUACAAAGUAGAUCAUAUAUUAUUUGCAGAUCAUGGAAUUGGUAUACCAUCAACAUUAAUUCUAAUGCAUGAAAUGACAAAAUUAUUACAUUAUGCUGGUUGUAAAGAUGUAUUGUUUAUACGUCUAGGAACAUGUGGUGGUUUAGGAGUGAAGCCCGGUACACUUGUGAUGUCCGAUCGUUGCGUAAAUACCAAAUUAGAGCCAUAUAACGAAUUGUGUAUUCUUGGUAAACCUGUCCGUCGACAAACUAAAGUGGACUUAAACGCUGUAAAUGAAUUAAAAAAGCUUUCUGAGAAUCUUUCAUUACAAUGUUCAGUUGUUGUUGGGGGUACAAUCACUGCAAAUGACUUUUAUGAAGAGCAAGGAAGAUUGGAUGGAGCGAUUUGUUCGUUUAGUCAAGAAGAGAAAUUGGCUUAUCUUAAGUCGGCUUAUGAUCAUGGCAUAAGAAAUUUGGAAAUGGAGGGUACUGCAAUUACAUCUCAUUGCAAUUCAACUGGUCAUCGAGCUAUUCUAGUUUGUGUAGCAGUUGUAAAUCGUCUUGAAAAUGAUCAAGUUACAAUAUCUGCGGAUGAUUUUAAAUUAUUUGAACAGUUACCUGGUAAAUUAGUUGGAGAAUAUUUGAAAAGAAACAGUGGGCUAAUUGCUCGUUAAUGCAUGAAACAUAAUUGUUAAAUAAUGUGAUCAAUUUUGAUAACUAUGAAUGAACAACUGAACGACUUUUAAUUGAGGAUUUUUAUGUAAACUUUACUAUUUGAUUAGCUUACUACAUUGUAAUUGGCUUUUUAAUUGUUGUAGUGGUUAUCUUUGACAUUUUGAAAUAUUCUAGGUAAUUUUAGCUACUUGAUUUCUUUUGUUGUUAAAACUACUUUAGAUUGUCUUUUUAUUGUUAAACUAAGAAAUGUAAAUGUAUUAAUCUUCAUGAAUUCUAAGGCUUUAUUUAUGUUCUAAAGACGGUGUUAUGUUAUUGGAUCACCAGACCAAAACAUGGUACAAGUCUAUGAAGUCACUGACAAGUGGACUGAGUCAUGUUGGUAGGUGCACGCUACCUGGUUGGGGACCGCGAGAUGAUAGCAACCGAUGGUUAGAGACCCUGAGUGACAUGGCUAAAAAUCAUUUGCAGUGGCGCAGGUGCAUCUAAUCUUUGUGUUCUCCCAAAUUCUAACCUCCUGAAUCCUCCUUGUCUCUUUUUUCUCUUUCCAAACUUAUUUCACUGAAUUAUACUCUUUAAAUAACAUCUACAAACCCCAAUGUUUCCAACUACUGCUUAUAUUCUUACCGCCUCUACCACUACGGG